CUUCUUCAAUUAAAAAACAAAACAAAAAUCUCCCAAAAUUCAUCGCUCGUCAACCCAGAAAUGGACGGUCACGAUUUUGAGAUGGAAAAAGCUCGGUUGAUAAGUUUGGCUCUCGAGUUCGGCUUUGACGAACGAUCGGCAAAGAGGAGCUUAGAUCGUUUGAUAUCUCUCUAUGGUGAUGAUGGGCGAGAUUUCAUUACCGUGGAGCAUUGUGGAGAUGAUUUUCUGGUGGCGUUGGCUGAAACAAUGGAAGAUAGUGAGGAUUGGGAUGAUGAUUUACAGGUUGUGGAAUCAGAAGCUUGUGGAGCUUUGAACAAUUUGCUUGACAAAAAUGUCCUUGCCAAUACUAAAUGUAACAGUAGUACCAAUGUGGGAAACUGCAUCAACAUCGUAGAUGACUCACCUAAACGAAGAAAGCAAACAAAUUUGAUGGAGUUGGAUUCUUCCGGUGACGAUAAGAACUUGGACGCAUGGAUUUCAAAGAAAAAGGGUUUUCCCACCCUCUCUUCACGUCAGGAUCAAAGCAGUCGUUUGGGCUCGAAGAGCAGUGUGGUUGAAGGUUCAUUUUCAUCAAUUUCUGGUCAAAAGGAGUUCUUCAGCAAGUCAAUGGGUGGGAAUGGGACUCUAAGUUAUGAUGAAUUGCAGGCUCUGGAUGAUGUUGAAUUAGCAAAUGUAGUUAUCUUUGGUAACAGAUCAUUUCGACCAUUGCAGCGUCAGGCUUGUAAAGCAUCUCUGGCAAAACAAGAUUGCUUCAUUCUCAUGCCCACCGGGGGUGGUAAAAGUCUAUGUUAUCAGCUUCCAGCGACUUUAAAGCCUGGUGUUACAGUGGUCAUCUCUCCUUUGCUAUCUCUAAUUCAGGAUCAAAUAGUUACACUGAACCUUAAAUUUGGAAUACCCGCUACAUUUUUGAAUUCUCAACAAACUGCUUCUCAAGCAGCGGCUGUCCUGCAUGAGCUAAGCAAAGAUAAUCCAUCAUGCAAGCUUUUAUAUGUGACUCCAGAAAGGGUUGUCGGAAACCAGUCAUUUCUUGAGGUAUUGAAAUGUUUGCAUAGAAAGGGAAAAUUGGCAGGUUUUGCCGUUGACGAAGCACAUUGUGUGAGCCAAUGGGGUCAUGAUUUUCGUCCAGACUACAGAGGACUAGGAUGUCUUAAGCAGCAUUUUCCUAAUUUACCAGUGACGGCAUUGACUGCAACAGCCACCCAUUCAGUUCGUGAGGAUAUUCUUAAAGCUCUGAGAAUUUCCAAUGCUUUAGUCCUCAAGACAAGCUUUGAUAGACCCAAUUUGAAGUACGAGGUGAUUGGGAAGGCUAAGGAUUCAUUAAAACAACUCGGUCAGCUUCUGCAAGAUCGUUUUAAGAAUCAGUGUGGAAUUGUAUACUGCCUUUCAAAAAAUGAAUGUGCCGAGGUCUCAAAUUUUCUGAAUGAUAAGUGCAAGAUUAAAACAGUGUAUUACCAUGCUGGUUUGGCUUCUCAACAAAGAGUAACUGUUCAGAAGAAAUGGUUUGAUGGAGAGGUCCAGAUUGUAUGCGCAACUAUUGCUUUCGGGAUGGGAAUCGACAAGCCAGAUGUUCGAUUCGUCAUCCACAAUACAAUGUCCAAAUCAAUUGAAAGUUAUUAUCAAGAGUCUGGGAGGGCUGGAAGAGAUAAUGGCAGUGCUGUAUGCAUUGCUUUAUACCAGAAGAAGGAUUUCAGUCGAGUUGUAUGCAUGUUACGAAACGGACAAGGUUGCAAGAGCCAAAGCUUUAAAACAUCCAUGGCUCAAGCUCAGAAAAUGCGAGAGUACUGUGAACUUAAGGAUGAAUGCCGGAGAAAAAUCUUACUCGAACACUUUGGAGAGUCUUUUGACAGAAAAGGUUGUAAAAAUGGUUCGAACCCGUGUGAUAAUUGCCUCAGGACUUCCUAAUCACCGUAGGUAUGAAUGUUAGUGUACGUUGCAGCUAAUCACCAAACCCGAUUUUGAUGUAACGAGGGCAUGAUGAUAAAGAGUGGGGGGACGACGAAGGCGAAUAUCGAUCAAGUACUUCUUUUCGAAUUUUGUCUCCUUACCUUUCAGUUUUUUUAUGAAGAAAUGAUCUUUUAGUGUC